AUGACAGGCUACGGAACGCUCAGGGUCAUUUCAAAGGGCCCGGUUGUGCGAGCCGUCUUCGACAAUCCUCCCAUCAACAUCCUCGAUCACAAAGUCUUUUUCGAUUUACAUGCAUUCUUGACCAGCCUCAAGGAAGACUCAAACCCCCCAAAGGUUGUGAUAUUUUCGUCGGCCAACCCGAAGUUCUUCUUUUCCCAUUUCGACCUUCAUAUCCUUAGCGAAUCGUCACCCCUGCCGCAGCCUCUUGUUCCUGAAGAAGUCACCAGGAAAUUUGUCGAGAGUGCUCGCAUGAUGUCGAAUAUGGGUGUGGUGUUCAUUGCGGAAAUAUCCGGACAAUCUUUGGGUGCGGGUAAUGAGAUACUUCUUCAAAUGGACAUGCGGUUUGCGGCCGCCGGAACGAAGCUCGGCAGUCUCGAAAUAGGGUUGGGCUUGCUACACGCAGGUGGAGGCAGCCAAUAUCUCACAAAACUUAUCGGGCGCGGGCGUGCGCUGGAAUAUCUUCUGUCAGCAAACACAGUAGAUGCAGAAACUGCUGAGCGCAUUGGGUGGGUGAACAAAUCAUUUCCCUCAGUCAACGAGAUGACAGUCUACGUCGACAAACUGGCGCAUCGCAUUGCUUCCUUCCCAGCCACGGCGUUGGCAGCCACAAAAGACUCGGUGAACGAGCAAGCGCCGUCAGAGGAUGCACUCAACCGAGACAUUGGCAGGAUUACAGCACUUGGGCAGACUCCCGAAGCACAGAUGGCUUUGGCCAAGUUUUUGGAACUUGGAAACGAUCAGCAACCGGGACCUUGGGAAGACGGUCUAAAUGAUAAUUUGCUCAAACUGUGGCAGUGA